AGAUCUUAGAGCAGAGCUGCUCUGUCUUUGGCUGAAAGGCUUUCCCCUUUCCACAUAACACUGGCACACAAUUCCUGAAACUUCCGGAAACCGAAGGGUCAGAUCAGAAGCAGGAAACGCAGAUAGCUGGCGACAUUUUUGUUCUGUUUCAUUUUCAAAGCUGAGCGAGAGAGAGAAGGAAGAGAAGAAGGAGGAAGGGAGGAAGGAGAGUGUUCAUUAUAUUUCCUCAAAAUGGUGAAGAUCUCGCUCCCCGCGACUUUGGGGCAGAAGCCAGGAAAAGCUGAAGGCGAAGCGGACAAAACCGAAGUCCUUAUCCCCGCGGCUGAUGACGUGCAGACAGUCCCUGCAGGAACCCGGACACCCACCCUGAGUUGCAUUUUAUGUGUUACUAUUGCAUUGGUGAUUCUGCUUUCUACAGUGGUCCUGGGGAUAAUCUGUACAUAUAAGUACUACCAUCUUGCUCAGGCCCGGAGAGAUUUGUUUACCUGUACGAUCCUGUAUGACGAAUAUGACAUCUCUGAACACUACAGAUGGAGGCUGCAACUGGAGGAGGAUGUGGAAAUCCGUCUGGAUGAUGAUGUUGAACUGAUCAAUGUCCCUGUGCCUGAGUUUGAAGGUGGAGAUGCUGCCAACAUCAUCCAUGACUUCAACCAAAGUUUGACAGCCUACCAUGACCUCGCUUUGGACAGAUGUUACAUCAUUGAGCUCAACAGAACCAUUAUUUUGCCACCUCACAAUCUCUGGGAGCUGCUAGCUAAAAUGAAGCUGGGCACCUAUCUGCCUCAGACGUACAUCAUUCAGGAGGAGAUGGAAGUUACAGAACAAAUCGACAAUGUACACCAGCUGGGAUCCUUCAUCCGCCACCUGUGCAGUGGAAAGCAGACUUACAAACUGAAACGCAAGAGUGUGCUGAGAAUCAUUGACAAACGUGACGUCAAGAAUUGCCACCGUAUACGGCAUUUUGCCAACAUAUUUGUCGUUGAGGCAUCCAUCUGUGAAAAGGAGUGAAGUUGUGAAGCCAACAGCUCACACUGAAUAUGUUUUUCAGACACCAGCUGCUUGAAGUUACUUGUCCACUUGCAAUAAAUGCUGUAUUUGUUUGCUGCCUCUUGUUCAUGUGUUGUGAUGAUUCAGUAAUGCUGCUAAUUGAGUCGUCACAGGAGCAUUUUAACGUUGCAUUAGUUGCUUUUUGCUGAAGAAUAAAUCGUAAAAAAGGACCGUCUUUCCUCCCUCUCUAAUACUGCACGGCUACCACUAUGGGCCGUGCGGUGGGAGUUUGCUAUUCACAGUAUCAUUAAAAUGUUUCAGUUUAAAAUGAAGGAAAUUUGUUCUUCACUAAAUAUGCCACUGUGUUAUGCUCCUACAUUUCCGCUUCUGAAAUUUGGUUCAGAUUUCAGAAGCAGAGAAAUAUAUGAGCACUAUUUUGUUCUAUCUGAAUCAAUACUCAAUUUUAUCCAUAAGUUCUAGGAGCAGAAUUAGGCCAUUCGGCCCAUCAAGUCUACUCUGCCAUUCAAUCGUGGCUGAUCUUUCGUUUCCUCAAGUCGAACAAAACAAGGAUUAUGCACAGACUACUAUAUUGUUUCUAACACAAUUAAAAUGAUGAUUAACUUCUACCCCCUCCCCAUGUAACAAAACUGAAAGGAGGGAAGUGUACAUCGCAGCCAAAAAUAAGUGUUGUGUGCAUUUAGAUUGUACAUGCAGCAUGAGAGCAAAUGACAAAACUGAGAGAAUAAAAUGUCUUGAAUCAAACAAAAA